UUAAUUAAAACUCUAAAUGAUAUUGUAAUGAGAUUAAUAUGAUGAUGGAUGAAGAUUGAAUGCACAUUGAAUUUAACGAUUUCCUAAAAAUAAAUAUUCAGCUGUAUAUUUACCAUCGGGCACAUUCUGUCAAUCAUCCACGUCUGUUUUAUUUUACUGGCUUUUGUUCUUCUUCUCCAUGCAAAGUGGCAAAAGAAUGAAUAUUUUGUGGCAUAUGGCACAAGGCAAUGCGCUUGGACAGUUCGGAAAACUUUGGUUUCUAUACUAUUAUGCUAAUUGCGUCCCCAGGCCGAGCUCCUCAUUGGCUGAGUCUCGGACAAUUUCAUAUUUCAGUCCUGACGUCAGGGCGCCUAUAAAACUAAGCAAUGCUUUUUAACUCGUCGGCUGACUGAUGCAUUAGAAGAAGAAAAAACUAUCAAUCCUAGGGUGGAGUUUUUUUUCUCCCCACAAAGCAACUGUUUGCCCGGGACACGUGCGUGAGCCUCCUCAAUUUGGCGCACUAAUCCUAAAAGGAGCCAUGAAGUGUUAAAUGGUAGAAACACAGACAGCGGCGCUCAGACACCCGCACGCUGGGAGAGAGGGAGGAAACAGCGCUGCUCCAAUGCGUCUGUGCAACACAGGCUGAAGAAAAAAAGAAAACUUAUCGACUCACAAAACCGCAACCUGCGCUGCGCAAUUUGUGCGUGAAAAUCCACUUUUUCUCCGGUUUUGAAGAAAACAAAUAAAGAAAUCAAGCUGGCUCAGUGCGUGUCUCAACAGCCCACUUUGACAGGUGCUCCUCACCCCCUUUGGAGGACUGUCAACAGCAAGAGGAUGGCAUCAGAGCUGGCAAUGAGCAACUCCGACCUGCCCACCAGUCCCCUGGCCAUGGAAUAUGUUAAUGACUUCGAUCUGAUGAAGUUUGAAGUGAAAAAGGAGCCGGUGGAGCCCGAUCGCAGCAUCAGCCAGUGCAGCCGCCUGGUCGCCGGGGGAUCCCUAUCUUCCACCCCGAUGAGCACGCCUUGCAGCUCGGUUCCCCCCUCGCCAAGCUUCUCGGCGCCCAGUCCGGGAUCAGGGAGCGAGCAAAAGGCGCACUUGGAGGAUUUCUACUGGAUGACCGGGUACCAACAGCAGUUGAACCCCGAGGCUCUGGGCUUUAGCCCGGAGGACGCCGUAGAGGCGCUGAUCAGCAACAGCCACCAGCUCCAGACCUUCGAUGGCUACGCCAGGGGACAGCAGUUCGGCGGCGCAGCGGGGCCAGGAGGCACCAUGGCCGGGGAGGAGAUGGGAUCGGCGGCCGCCGUGGUAUCCGCGGUCAUCGCUGCAGCCGCGGCUCAGAACGGGAACCCACACCACCACCACCACCAUCACCACCACCACCACUCAGGGGCACACCAUUCCUCCUCCGGGUCCCAAUCCAGCGGCGGCGUGGGGGGGAACCACCAGCACCUGCGCUUGGAAGACCGGUUCUCGGACGAGCAGCUGGUGACGAUGUCGGUGCGGGAAUUGAACCGGCAGCUGCGGGGGGUCAGUAAGGAAGAGGUGAUCCGCCUGAAACAGAAGAGGAGGACGCUAAAGAACAGGGGCUACGCGCAGUCCUGCCGGUACAAGCGGGUCCAGCAGCGGCACGUCUUGGAGGGCGAGAAGACGCAACUCAUUCAGCAGGUGGACCACCUCAAGCAGGAGAUCUCCCGGCUGGCCAGGGAGAGGGACGCCUACAAGGAGAAAUACGAGAAGCUGAUCAGCACCGGCUUCAGAGAAAACGGAGGAUCCAGCAGCGACAACAACCCCUCAUCCCCGGAGUUUUUCAUGACGUCGAGAAAAUUCCUCCAUCUGUGAUCGAGAGCUAUGACUCUUCCGUCCCACUAUCCUGGAGUAUCAGAUAUCAUGGUACUGGAAUGCUGAUGUUUCAAGAGCAACCUACGGCACCAAGACUGCCAUAAAGCACAACGUCUCAAAAGCGUCCACACAUCGGCUUCAGGGCAACCAAACCACAGCCCCCCGAAGCCAGAGUUCAAUAUUGAAACAUUGAUGAUAAAAUAACAACAACAGGAAACAGAAAUCACUCACAUUGUUCUACUCCAACAACAAGAGAACAGACACAGAAAUUAAGGACUCUGGGAAAAAGAUUCUCCACCAUCUGUAUAUGCUGUUCAAAUGGACACGGAUCUUCCCAGGAAUACCUCCAAAUUGUAAUUUAGACUAACCAGAGUAUAGAUUAUUAAUACGUAGGUUGAGUCUUCAAUAGCAAAAAGAAAAAAUAUGAUGUCCACACCCCUUUAGCACAUGCUCAGAAAUCAGGAUAUUGUAAAUACUGUAAAGAAAACAAAUAGGGACAUUGAAACCAGAUUAUUGCAGAAUAAUGUAUAUAGCCAUGAGAACCAUACUUGGUGUGUUUAUAGAUCCAUGAGUGUCACGUGCCCAUUACUCCUUAUUUCUUCUAUGCCCCCAAGAAAUGUAGCAGAGAAAUUAGCUCUCGAUAGAAAAAAAAUCUACGUAGAAAUAGACAAAAGGAUACAGAAUAAAAUUGGGAUCACAUAAUAUUUGCCAUGUAGCGCACUAUGGCCGGACACAGAUAAUAGCUAACCCCUUAUUGCUAGGAAGGUCAUUUGCUUCUUUUAAAUGGAGAACAUGU